AUGAGUGUCUGUGAGUUGGUGAGCGGCCGAUUGUCACAUGUUAAAACCCUUUUUACAGAGGAACUCUCUUGGGGCCACGCCUGUGGCGGCGAUGUCCUUUGAACUUGUCAACUCUGCCGUUUCUGGUCUUUUCGUCCAAAUAAUGAAAAGAAAAAUGCAAAGCUAAAGUUUCCGGAUAGAAUUCAAGUUUUUCCUGUGUAUUUUCGCUCUGACAUAAUUUUAUAGACCAAGCAAUGUGCGAAAAGUAUAUCAAAAAAUACACACUGUACUGUGUAAAAAAUAAUCAGAAUCUUAGACAAAAUAGCUCUGAAACUGAUCAGUAAAAAACUUCGAUCAAAAAUAAGCUCAAUUGGAGACACUGAAUUUGCCGUUUUUUGAGGGUCCAUAACUUUUUGACAGACGUAUUGGGCAACUUUUGAGACCAGAUUUAAAAUUAACGUGAAAAACUAAAUCUGGAAUAUUUGGUCUGAUUCAGAAGUCCCACUGCGUCCAAAGACCAUUCCCAGGUAAGUAAAUAUCAGUAAAAAAAUCAGAAAAAAAAUUUUUUGAGUCAGUCAAUUCAAUCACCAAUCUUUCAAAAAAAUGGGUCAAUUUUUUUAGUAUUAUUUUUCAAAAAUUUUAAAAAAAUCUGCCUGUACAUGGAAAUCCGCCCAGCACUUUAUUUCAACAAGAAAUCUCAUAAAAUUGUAAACCAUCGCAAAGAAUUUGCUUUUUAUAGGAAAAAGAGGGACUUUUUCCAUUCGACAGAAAAAUAGUUGAAAAAAUGAGAAAAAAGGAAAAGUUGAGGUGAGAUUGAAAAUAAAAUUCAAUUUUAGAAAAGUAAUCGCGUUGACUGUCACGUUUGAAAAUAAGAAAAAUGAAAAAGCUACCGUAAAUACGAACUUUUCUCUACACAACGGCAAGAAAAAACAGCAAAAAAAACUCUAUUCUUAUAAAAAUCUAAGUUCGUACCACUUGAUAGAAAAAUUGAAAGUCGUACCAUCUAAUAGAUAAAUAAUCAGAGAGAAAAGUAGAGCUUCCGAUUAAAAUUAUACCUUUUUUGGUUAAAAACACGAUUUUCAAAGCAGAAUGACGCAAUGUUGCGACCUUUGCUUGCCAUUCCGCGCAAAAUAAAAUCUAAAACUUGAUAAAUUUUCGCCAACUUUUCGUUAUUUUUGAGAACUGCGGGAUUUUCCUCAAAUGUUCAAGAAUAUUUAUUAAACAAUUUUCAAAUUUAUGUCUGAUAAAUUUCGCAGUAAGGCUUAGUAUCAACGACGAACAAGGAAAGGAGCCAGGAAAGUGUGCGUCAUGGAGAGCGGAUGCGACGGAUGACGUGGCGUUGCCCCAGGCGACGUCUCCUGCUCCUUCUCACGACUACACCUACCGCUGGCUGUAUUUGGCAAAACGGGCUGCCGACAAGGUGACUUAG